AUGGCAGACAUUAGCCGUAUUCAGAUUGACGAGAGAUUUGGCGUUUGUGAAGCUUCGGUUGUUCAGAUUUGCCAGAAAAUGCCUCCCACCAUGAACGGCCAUGUUGCCAAGGGAGAAUGGGACGACUACUGCUCCAAGGUUGACAAAGACUUGAAGAGACUGACAUCUGUGAGACCGUUUGUGGUGGGCAUGUUCAUUCUUUAUGUGAUUGUCAUGGUGGCCCUCUACAUUUGCGUCGAGCAUUUGGGUCUCUUGGAUGAAUACCGACCAACCACCUUGGUGAUUGAGAUCCUGGCUUCUGUGGGGAUUUUGUUUGCCGUCAUCUUCCUCUACGUGACAUAUGUCCGAUGUGCCACCAUUGGCGCUUUCAAGCGACGCACUUCCACCUUUAACGAACGAAGCUGCCCCCAACUGGAGCUCAAAUGCAAUCUCCCAUUCUUCCAAUUUACCGGUGGAAUUGCCAAAGGCUGGUACGUCCUGGUGAUUUCAAGAAAUGGCGUCGUGGAGACCGCAUAA